GCUGAGAGGAGGAAGCAGGCCGAUUGAGGAUUUUUACAAUGAAAAGUUAAAUAAUCCAAGGAUGAAUAAAUGGAUCUUUGACAUAAAGAAGAUCAAAACAGCUGACAGAGAGAAUAAACCGUCCUCCCUCCACUUCUCCUUUUUCUCAGUUUGAUUUUAAACUCUUUAGUUUGACCGUUCUCUCUGACACACUGACCCAGAGGGUAAACUAGGAGACUUUAGAUCAGCUUUAGAGACGCUGAAGUUAAAAUGACAGAGCGGUCUCUGAUAGUUCUCCACUCAUCCGAUCAGUCUGUGAGGGUUCCUGCUGCUUUAUUCUCAAAGAGGAGAAGAACGUCGGAUCAUUGGAGACUCUGCUCUACAUCAGGUGUGUGAGGGUGUAGGUGCAGAGCAGUAAUCAUGGUGGCGCUGUCGCUAAAGAUUGGCGUGGGGAACGUGGUGAAGACGAUGCAGUUUGAGCCCUCCACCAUGGUGUACGACGCCUGCAGGAUCAUCAGAGAGAGAGUCCCAGAGGCCCAGCUAGGACAGCCCAAUGACUACGGCCUGUUUCUGUCUGAUGAAGAUCCAAAAAAAGGGAUCUGGCUGGAGGCCGGAAAAGCUCUGGACUACUACAUGCUAAGGAACGGAGACACGUUGGAGUAUAAGAAGAAGCAGCGCCCUCUGAAGAUCAGGAUGUUGGACGGCACGAUAAAGACUGUCAUGGUGGACGACUCAAAGAUCGUCAGUGACAUGCUGAUGACCAUCUGUGCCAGGAUAGGCAUCACGAACUACGACGAGUAUUCUCUGGUCCACGACAUUGGCGAGGAGAAGAAGGAAGAGACGACAGGGACACUGAAGAGAGACAGAACUCUCCUGAGAGACGAUAAGAAGAUGGAGAAGUUGAAGCAGAAGCUGCACACAGACGAUGAGCUGAACUGGUUGGACCACGGGCGGACGCUGAGAGAGCAGGGCGUGGAGGAGACCGAGAUGCUGCUGCUGAGGAGAAAGUUCUUCUACUCAGACCAGAACGUGGACUCAAGAGACCCGGUCCAGCUCAACCUGCUCUACGUACAGGCCCGUGAUGACAUCCUGAACGGCUCCCACCCCGUCUCCUUCGAUAAGGCGUGCGAGUUUGCAGGUUAUCAGUGUCAGAUCCAGUUUGGAGACCACAAUGAGUCCAAGCACAAGUCUGGAUUCUUAGAUCUAAAAGAGUUUCUGCCCAAAGAGUACAUCAAGCACAAAGGAGAGAAGAAGAUCUUCCAGGCUCAUAAAAACUGUCAGAACAUGACUGAGAUUGAAGCUAAAGUUAGCUAUGUGAAGCUAGCUCGAUCUCUGAAAACAUACGGGGUGUCUUUCUUCCUUGUCAAGGAGAAGAUGAAGGGGAAGAACAAGCUGGUUCCUCGCCUCCUCGGCAUCACCAAGGAGAGCGUGAUGAGAGUGGACGAGAAGACCAAGGAGGUGAUCCAGGAGUGGAACCUGACCAACAUCAAACGCUGGGCCGCCUCGCCCAAGAGCUUCACCCUGGACUUUGGCGACUAUCAGGACGGUUAUUAUUCAGUUCAGACCACAGAAGGAGAACAGAUCGCUCAGCUGAUAGCAGGAUACAUCGACAUCAUCCUCAAAAAGAAAAAGAGUAAGGAUCAUUUUGGUCUGGAGGGAGACGAGGAGUCCACCAUGCUGGAGGAUUCUGUGUCUCCUAAGAAGUCGACAGUGUUACAGCAGCAGUUUAACCGGGUUGGGAAGGUGGAGACGGGCUCUGUGGCUCUGCCCGCCAUCAUGAGGUCUGGAGCCGGAGGACCAGAGAGCUUCCAGAUGGGCUCCAUGCCUCAGGCCAAACAACACAUCACCAGUGGACAGAUGCACCGAGGACACAUGCCACCACUGACAUCGGCCCAGCAGGCUCUCACUGGAACCAUUAACUCCAGUAUGCAGGCGGUGCAGGCAGCUCAGGCCUCACUGGACGACUUUGACACUCUACCGCCGCUUGGAACAGACGCUGCAUCUCAAGCGUGGCGUAAAAACAAGAUGGAUGAGUCCAAACAUGAGAUCCACUCUCAGGUAGAUGCCAUCACAGCAGGCACCGCCUCCAUGGUCAACCUCACUGCAGGUGACCCUGCAGAGACAGACUACACGGCGGUGGGCUGUGCCGUCACCACCAUCUCUUCCAACCUGACGGAGAUGUCGAAGGGCGUGAAGCUGCUGGCUGCUCUGAUGGAUGAUGAAGGAGGAAAUGGUCAGCAGCUGCUGGGCGCCGCCAAGAACCUGGCCUGUGCCGUUUCUGACAUGUUGAAGACCGCCCAGCCCGCCAACACAGAGCCUCGUCAGAAUCUGCUCCAGGCUGCAGGAAACGUCGGCCAGGCCAGCGGAGAGCUGCUGUCUCACAUCGGAGAGACUGACACCGACCCUCAGUUCCAGGACAUGCUAAUGCAGCUAGCAAAGGCGGUGGCUAAUGCGGCAGCGGCUCUGGUCCUGAAGGCGAAGAACGUGGCCCAGAAGAGCGAAGACUCCGCCCAGCAGAACCGAGUCAUCGCUGCUGCCACUCAGUGUGCGCUGUCCACGUCUCAACUGGUCGCCUGCACACGGGUGGUGGCCCCCACCAUCAGCUCCCCCGUCUGCCAGGAGCAGCUCAUUGAGGCGGGGAAACUCGUAGCUAAAUCGGUAGAGGGCUGCGUGGAGGCGUCACAGGGAGCGACCAAUGACGAGGGGCUGCUGAAGCAGGUGGGCGUGGCUGCCACAGGUGUGACUCAGGCGCUGAACGAGCUGCUGCAGCACAUCAAACAGUACGCCAGCGGGGGGCAUCCUAUUGGGCGACACGGGGAGGCGACGGACCGAAUCCUGGACGUCACCGAGAACAUCUUCAGCUCCAUGGGAGACGCAGGUGAGAUGGUGCGCCAGGCUCGUAUCCUUGCUCAGGCCACGUCUGAUCUGGUCAACGCCAUCAAGAUGGAUGCGGAGGGAGAGUCUGACCUGGAGAACUCCAGAAAGCUGCUGUCAGCCGCCAAACUGCUCGCAGACGCCACAGCCAAGAUGGUGGAGGCCGCCAAGGGUGCAGCGGCCAAUCCUGACAGCGAAGAGCAGCAGCAGAAGCUCAGAGAAGCAGCCGAAGGUCUCCGUAUGGCUACAAAUGCCGCCGCUCAGAACGCCAUCAAGAAACGACUCGUCAACAAACUGGAGAAUGCAGCCAAACAGGCGGCAGCAGCAGCGACUCAGACCAUCGCUGCAGCUCAGCACGCCGCUUCAUCCAACAAGAACCAGGCGGCACAGCAGCAGCUGGUCCAGAGCUGCAAGGUGGUAGCAGAGCAGAUCCCUCAGCUGGUUCAGGGUGUCAGAGGAAGUCAGUCUCAACCCGACAGUCCCAGCGCUCAGCUCGCUCUCAUCAGUGCCUCACAGAACUUCCUCCAGCCUGGAGCUAAGAUGGUGACGGCGUCCAAAGCCACGGUGCCGACCAUCGGUGACCAGGCAUCGGCCAUGCAGCUCAGUCAGUGUGCUAAGAACCUGGCCAGCGCCCUGGCUGAGCUCCGUACUGCCUCUCAGAAGGCUCAGGAGGCGUGCGGCCCCCUGGAGAUCGAUAACGCUCUGUCCAUGGUCAGAGAUCUGGAGAGAAACCUGCAGGAGGCCAAGGCUUCGGCGGAGGAGGGGAAACUGAAACCUCUCCCUGGAGAGACGCUGGAGAAAUGCUCCCAGGAUCUGGGAACCAGCACUAAAGCUGUGAGCUCAGCCAUCGCUCAGCUGCUAAGUGAGGCCACACAGGGCAACGAGAACUACACAGGUAUGGCGGCUCGUGAUGUGGCCCAAGCUCUGAAGUCGUUGGCGUCAGCUGCCCGAGGAGUCGCCGCCACCACGGACGAUUCCCCAGCUCGUACCGCCAUGUUGGACUGCGCCAGAGACGUCAUGGACAAAUCGGCCAAUCUGAUCGAAGAGACAAAGAGAGCCAUCGCCAAACCAGGAGAUGCUGAGAGUCAGCAGAGACUGGCCCAGGUGGCGAAGGCGGUUUCUCAGGCCCUGAACCGCUGUGUCAACUGUCUGCCAGGUCAAAGGGACGUGGAUAACGCCAUCAGGACGGUGGGCGAGGCCAGCAAGACGCUGCUGUCUGAUUCUUUCCCAUCUAGUGGGCGGAGCUUCCAGGAGGUUCAGGCUCAUCUGAAUGAGGUGGCGGCUGGUCUGAACCAAUCAGCUAACGAGGUGGUCCAGGCAUCGCGAGGGACCACCCAGGACCUCGCCCGGGCAACCAGUAAAUUUGGCAACGACUUCAGCAACUUCCUGGAGGCGGGGAAAGACAUGGCAGGAACUUCACAGACCAAAGAGGAUCAGACCCAGGUGGUGUCCAACCUAAAGACCAUCUCCAUGUCGUCCAGUAAACUGCUGCUGGCUGCUAAAGCUCUGUCCACAGACCCGUCCUCGCCAAACCUCAAGAACCAGCUUGCUGCUGCUGCCAGGUCAGUGACAGACAGCAUCAAUCAGCUGAUCACCAUGUGUACUCAGCAGGCUCCAGGUCAGAAGGAAUGUGACAACGCUCUGAGAGAGCUGGAGUCUGUGAGGGGGAUGCUGGAGAACCCUACUGAGGCAGUGAACGAGCUGUCGUACUUUGACUGCAUCGACAGCGUGAUGGAGAACUCCAAGGUGCUGGGAGAGUCCAUGGCCGGUAUUUCCCAUCAUGCCAAGAAUUCCAACCUUCCAGAGUUUGGAGAUUCAGUAAGCGGAGGAUCGAAGGCUCUGUGUGGUCUGACUGAAGCUGCUGCCCAGGCCGCCUACCUGGUGGGCGUGUCUGACCCUAACAGCUCGGCAGGUCAGAAGGGUCUGGUGGACCCGGCUCAGUUCGCCCGGGCCAAUCAGUCCAUCCAGAUGGCGUGCCAGAACCUGGUGGACCCGGCGUGCACGCAGUCCCAGGUGCUCUCUGCCGCCACCAUUGUAGCCAAACACACCUCGGCUCUGUGUAACGCCUGUCGCCUCGCCUCCUCCAAAACGCCAAACCCCGUGGCUAAGAGGCAGUUCGUCCAGUCAGCCAAGGAAGUCGCCAACACUACUGCCAACCUGGUCAAGUCCAUCAAGGCUCUGGACGGGGCGUUUAACCAGGAGAACAGAGAGAAGUGUCGAGCAGCAACCGGCCCUCUGAUCGAAGCCGUUGAUAAUCUGACUGCCUUCGCCUCCAACCCCGAGUUCGCCAGCAUCCCGGCUCAGAUCAGCCCCGAGGGCCACGCUGCCAUGGAACCCAUCGUCAUGGCAGCCAGGACGAUGCUGGAGAGUUCAACCGGUCUGAUCCAGACCGCACGCUCGCUCGCCGUCAACCCCAAAGACCCACCUAAAUGGUCGGUGCUCGCCGGACACUCCAGGACAGUUUCUGACUCGAUCAAGAAGCUCAUCACCAACAUGAGAGAGAAAGCCCCAGGCCAGAGAGAGUGUGACGAUGCCAUUGAGGUUUUGAACGGCUGCAUCAGAGAGGUCGACCAGGCUUCUCUAGCAGCGAUCAGCCAACAGCUGACGCCACGAGACGACAUCAGCAUGGAGACACUCCACGAGCAGAUGGCCGCCUCCGUCCAUGAGAUCAGCAACCUGAUUGACCCGGUUGCUGUGGCUGCUCGAUCGGAGGCAUCUCAGCUCGGACACAAGGUGUCUCAGAUGGCGAGCUACUUUGAACCGCUCAUCAUGGCGGCCAUCGGGACGGCGUCUAAGAUUGUGAGCAGCCAGCAGCAGAUGGCGGUGUUGGACCACACCAAGACUCUGACAGAGUCAGCACUGCAGAUGCUCUACACCGCCAAGGAGGCGGGAGGAAACCCCAAGGCGGCUCACAUGCAGGAGGCUCUGGAGGAGUCUGUGCAGAUGAUGAAGGAGGCCGUGGACGAUCUCGGGGCGACGCUGGCUGAAGCGGCGAGUGCAGCGGGUGCGGUGGGCGGUAUGGUGGACUCCAUCAAUGACGCCAUCAACAAGAUGGAGGAUGCUCCUGUUCUGGAGCCUGAAGGAACCUUCGUGGACUAUCAGACCACCAUGGUGAAGACGGCCAAGGCCAUCGCUGUCACUGUGCAGGAGAUGGUGACCAAAUCGAACACAAACCCUGACGACCUCGGAGGAUUGGCCAAUCAGCUGACCAAUGAGUUUGGAAAUCUGGCUGAUGAAGCCAAAUAUGCGGCGAUAACGGCAGAGAGCGACGAGAUCGGCUCACACAUCAAGAAGCAGGUCGGCGAGCUCGGCUUCAGCUGCACCGGACUCGUCACUAAAGCCGGCGCUCUCCAGUGCAGUCCUAACGACUCGUUCACCAAAAAGGAGCUGAUCGAGAGUGCCCGCAAAGUCUCAGAGAAGGUCUCUCAUGUGCUGGCGUCCCUGCAGGCCGGUAACCGUGGUACCCAGGCCUGCAUCACUGCAGCCAGCGCCGUGUCCGGUAUCAUCGCCGACCUCGACACCACCAUCAUGUUCGCCACUGCGGGAACGCUGAACCGAGAGAAUGCCGAGACGUUCGCUGACCACAGGGAGCUGAUCUUGAAGACAGCCAAAGCUCUGGUUGAAGACACCAAACUCCUGGUUUCUGGAGCUGGAGCGAGUCAGGAGAAACUGGCUCAGGCCGCCCAGUCGUCGGUCAACACCAUCACCAGACUGGCUGAAGUGGUCAAACUGGGAGCAGCCAGUCUGGGAUCAGAGGACCCAGAGACCCAGGUGGUUCUGAUCAAUGCAGUGAAGGAUGUGGCCAAAGCUCUGGGUAACUUGAUCAGCAGCACUAAGGCUGCCGCCGGGAAACCGCACGACGACCCGAGCAUGCUGCAGCUGAAGAACUCCGCCAAGGUGAUGGUUACCAACGUGACGUCUCUCCUGAAGACGGUGAAGGCCGUGGAGGAUGAGGCGACGAAGGGAACACGAGCGCUGGAGUCCACCAUCGAGCACAUCAAGCAGGAGCUGACUGUGUUUAGCAGCUCUGACCCUCCUCCAAAGACUACCACACCUGAGGAGUUCAUCCGCAUGACCAAAGGCAUCACCAUGGCAACCGCCAAAGCAGUGGCUGCUGGGAACUCCUGUCGUCAAGAAGAUAUCAUCGCCACGGCCAAUCUGAGCCGCCGAGCCAUCGCCGACAUGCUGCAGUCCUGCAAGGAAGCAGCGUUUCACCCUGAGGUCAGUAAGGACGUUCAGAUGAGAGCUCUGCGUUAUGGAAACGAGUGUGCUACAGGAUACCUGGGUCUGCUGGAGCACGUUCUGGUGAUCAUCCAGAAGCCGUCUCAUGACCUGAAGCAGCAGCUGGCCAACUACUCCAAGAGAGUGGCGGGCUCUGUGACCGAGCUGAUCCAGGCCGCCGAGGCCAUGAAAGGAACAGAGUGGGUGGACCCAGAGGACCCCACAGUGAUUGCAGAGAACGAGCUGCUGGGAGCGGCUGCUGCUAUUGAAGCUGCAGCCAAGAAACUGGAGCAGCUGAGACCCCGAACCAAACCCAAGGAGGCCGAUGAGACGCUGAACUUUGAGGAGCAGAUUCUUGAAGCAGCGAAGUCUAUCGCAGCAGCGACCAGCGCUCUGGUUAAAGCUGCUUCAGCCGCUCAGAGGGAGCUGGUGGCUCAGGGCAAGGUGGGGGCGAUCCCGGCUAACGCGGUGGACGAUGGUCAGUGGUCUCAGGGUCUCAUCUCAGCGGCUCGGAUGGUUGCCGCGGCGACCAAUAACCUAUGUGAGGCGGCGAACUCAGCGGUCCAGGGUCACGCCAGCGAGGAGAAACUCAUCUCCUCUGCCAAACAGGUGGCGGCCUCCACGGCCCAGCUGCUGGUCGCCUGUAAGGUCAAAGCGGACCAGGACUCUCAGACCAUGAAGAGACUACAGGCGGCAGGUAAUGCGGUGAAGCGAGCGUCUGAUAAUCUGGUGAAGGCGGCCCAGAAAGCAGCGUUUGAUGCUCAGGACGAUGCGGCGGUUGUGGUGAAGAGUAAGAUGGUGGGAGGCAUCGCUCAGAUCAUCGCUGCUCAGGAGGAGAUGCUGAGGAAGGAGAGAGAGCUCGAAGAGGCAAGAAAGAAACUCGCCAUGAUCCGACAGCAGCAGUACAAGUUUCUACCAUCUGAGCUGAGAGAGGACGGGCAGGAACAGUGAUGUGACGACCGAGGACGGGCAGAAACAGUGACGUGAUGACCGAGGACGGGCAGGAACAGUGACGUGAUGACCGAGGACGGGCAGGAACAGUGACGUGACGACCGAGGACGGUCAGGAACAGUGACGUGACGACGGAGGACUGGCAGAAACAGUGACGUGACGACCGAGGACGGGCAGGAACAGUGACGUGACGACCGAGGACGGGCAGGAACAGUGACGUGACGACCGAGAACGGGCAGGAACAGUGACGUGAUGACAGAUGACGGGCAGGAACAGUGACAUGACGACUGAGAACGGGCAGGAACAGUGACGUGACAACAGAUGACGGGCAGGAACACUGACGUGACAACAGAUGACGGGCAGGAACAGUGACGUGAUGACUGAGAACGGGCAGGAACAGUGACAUGACGACCGAGGACAGGCAGGAACAGUGACACAUUGAGACAUGACAGGCAGGAAUAGAGACAUGCCAGGACAUGUGACAUAGGGAGAGACAGACCUGACGGGAUGCCAAGGGACAUGUUGAGACAAGAGACCAACAGAAGCCCAGAGUCCCCUGAUCUCAGACUCUUGGCCAUAUCUAGAAUAUUUGUGCUUCCUUAUAUCUGAUCUUUACCGCUGAUAUAAAUAUAAAUCUAUAUAUCUUUAUUUCUCUCCUCUCUGCUGCAUGUUUGAGUCGAGCUGCCUUCAAAAAGGCUGCUAGUAUUUUUCUAUGAAUUUGAUCUAUGCAAACCUCAGACGAUGUUUUAUUGUUUGAACAUAAUUAGAGAGACUCUGUGUUCAACUUAGUGUCGUUAAAAUGAUAAAUACUGAGAUAAACUGUUUAAAAGUUUAGAUUGGAACCUAGCGUCAGAACAAAUCAGAGGAAAUGGUUAUUUUUGUAAAGACGAGCUGUUUUUUUAUGUUUGUGACGUCAGCAGCAGAUCCUUAUUCUAAGGGUAGGGUUAGGGCCAGGGCUAACCAUAUUCUACCAGGGUUAGGACGAGGGCUAGGGCUAACCAUAUUCUACCAGGGUUAGGACGAGGGCUAGGGCUAACCAUAUUCUACCAGGGUUAGGACGAGGGCUAGGGCUAACCAUAUUCUACCAGGGUUAGAGCUAGGCUAACCCUAUUCUGCCAGGGUUAGAGCUAGGCUAACCAUAUUCUACCAGGGUUAGGGCGAAGGCUAACCCUAUUCUACCAGGGUUAGGGCGAGGGCUAACCCUGUUCUACCAGGGUUAGGGCGAGGGCUAACCCUGUUCUACCAGGGUUAGGGCGAGGGCUAAGCCUAUUCUACCAGAUGUUUGUGUGAUACCAAGAAGCCAUAUAUUUAACAUCUGUCUACAGGUGCUCUGUCUGAGUUAAUGUUAGCCGCUAACAUGUUAUUUUCUGUCUGUGCUAAUGUUAGCCGCUAACGCUGAUGAUGUUACUACUUUCUUGUUAGAGUUUAGUUUUUAUUGAGCAGAUGAAAUGGAACCAAAGAAAAGUUAAGUGCCUUUAACCACAGCUGUUAACAUAUGAGAGCACGCCAUGGAUCAGUAGGAUUUCACCAAUCACUCCGAUCAGUAAUGAUCCUAAUGGACUCUAGAUAGAAAACUGUAUGUUAAAAUGUCUGAACUUUUAAAAAUGUCUGUAACCACAUGCUCUCACUCUGUCUUCCUCACUGCUGAUCGGCUGUACAUCGUCACUGUAACAGAGAUUUAUAUCAAUAAAGUUUUCAGUCAA